CAUAUUUUAUGAAUAUUAUUUAUUUUAUUCAUUUCAAGUUUCAACAUUUUACUAACAAAAUAUUACUUUAAUGUUCUAAAUAAUUUUUGUUUAAUUUAAACUUACAACUUCAAAUCAAUUAAAUAAUAUAUUCACUGUAUAGUAUAUUAAGUAAGAAUUUUUGAAUCCAAAACUAGGUAUUUGUUUAUUGUAUUUAAUAUAAAAACGUUAUGAGUUUGUUAGUUUGGUCAAUUAUUGUUAGUUUUUAUAAUAUGUUUUCAAUCAAAUUUAUACCAAAGUUUAUACUAUGGUUUAUGAAUAUAAAUAAAGAACAUAAAAAAUUAAUGGAUGAAAUAUCGGUUUUAAAACAUGAACAAUCUAACAUUUCAAUUGUUAAAGAAUUUGCUAAACACACAAAAUUACAACGAAGAAUCAACAAGUUGAAUGAAGAUUUGAAAACCCACAUAAGAGAAAAUUCAUCUAAAAAUUUAAAGAUCAAAUUCAUCUGUAAAAUGUCUUUAUAUGCUUUCUCCGUAAUUUUAAAUCUUCUAUUUGUAUAUUACAAUUAUCAUAAAACUGUAUUAAGAGAACUCCCAACUGAUUGGUUUUUACCAUUAUCUUGGUUAGUUAGAUGGCCUUCCUCACAAGUUGGUACAAUGAGUUUUGUCUUUUGGUACAGUAUCACUAAUUGUGUUGCUAAGGUGACCACUAAUAGUAUAUUAUGAUUAAAAAAAAAUUGAAAUUAUUGCUAAGUGAUGACUGAUUUUGUAUAAAUAUAACAUGUAAAUUUAUGAAAACAUUCAAUUUUGUAAAACUAUAUUAAUACGUUGACCGCCACAUGGCUGCUGGCGGUCAUUUAAUUGGUAUUUAUUAUACGUCAGUCGCCAAGCAAAAUUUUUAAUGUCUUCCAAAUUUGUAUGUAUCAAAUAUUUGAAAAAAAAAAACGGAAAAAAAUAUGUAAUGAUUAUGAAAUGAAUAUGUAAUGAUAUAUAGUGAUGACCGCUACACCACGGUCCUUAUUUUAGUCCAUUAUUGUAGCGCCAUAGAAAAGUUAAUAAUAUAAAACCAAAUUCAUAAUUAUGGUCGCUGGCGGUCAUGUGGCAUGGUAGUAAUGAUAAACUUCUAUGGGCGCCAGCGAUCACAAAUGUAUAAAAUUUAAGAAUUACAGAAUACAGAUGACUGCUGGCGGCCAACGUGUUAAUAAAAGAAUCAUUAAGAAUUUAGGGUUUGAUUGUUAUAUAUUGUAAUUUGAUAUUUUCUGGUUGUUAUACACGUAUACUUAUAUAUUUCCACUUUGUUUGUAAUUUUUAUUCAUAAAAUUUAUUCUUAUGUUUAUAAAAGGAAAAUAAUUUUACUUGGUGUUUUGUACAAUUUCUAGUGUUACUAUAUUAAAACUAUAUUUUUGAUUAUUAGAUAAAAAUGUAGAAAAAUUAACAUUGUUUCAAUUAAAUCGAUAUGUACGCUGUGAUUUAUUUAUUAACUUUAAAGUUUAAUCAAAGAACUAUUUUUAAAUUUUAUUUAAUUUGUUUUCUUGUAUACAUAGUUUAGAAUAUAAUUAAAUUAUUUUUUUAUUAUAGUAAAUGGCAUAUUUUACCACUUAAUUUUGUCUACAUUUUAAUCAGUAAUUUUCAUAAAUAUUUUUCAUUUAAAUGAGUUAUUGAAGUAUUGUAUCUUGAAUAUUUUUAAUGCAUGAAUCAUUGUUUAACUUGGGUAAAUUCAUUGUUUCUUAAUUACUCAUGCUUUUAUACUCUAAUGUAGGUAUCUAAGAUAUACUAACUCUUUUUGAAUAGUAAAAAGUAAAUACUCCAUAUUAAUAUGUUUUUUCACUGAUAUUCUUUCAGUGAUAUAUUAUGUAUCUUUUUUAUUACAUUAGUUUUUCAAUUAUUCUUGUCAUUCUUCUUAUAAAAUGUAAUUAACUACUGAAACUGAACCUUAAUUAAUACUAUAAUUAUAAAUUAUUCAUUUAUCCUAUAUUUUUCAUGUAUACAAUAUACAUAUUAUAUUAUAUUCUUAUGUGUUAAAUAAUUAUAUUAAAAAAUAUUAUUAUUAUUUAUUUCUCAAAAAUAACAAGAAUACUGGGCCCAUUGAGACUUGUGUAGGGGCCAAAGAAAAAAAAUAAAUGUUCAAUAAUAUAUUUUUAAGUUUUACUCAUAAGUUAUUAAGUUAUCAAAAGGUUAGAAUAAUUUAGUAAAUAUUGUUAUGUAUGA